AUGCCUUCCUGUCAAGAUACUGGCACUGCCAUCGCCAUGGUGAAGCGGGGAACUCAUGUUCUCACGGAUGGUAGAGACGAGGAGUUCAUUUCGCGGGGUGUCUACAAAGCCUACUCAGAGGGCUAUUUGCGCUACUCCCAGGUUGCACCGCUGAGCAUGUUUGAAGAGGCAAAUACCAAGACCAACUUGCCAGCCCAGAUCGACAUGCUCAGCCAGCACGGGAACACCUACGACGUGCUAUACAUUGCGAAAGGCGGCGGCAGUGCCAACAAGACACAGCUACUGCAAAAGACCAAGGGUGUUUUGAAUGACAAGGCCUUCACCGACUUCGUCACCGAACUGGUGCAGGGCAUUGGCACGGCUGCUUGCCCCCCGUACCACCUUGCCCUUGUGGUCGGUGGACUAUCAGCGGAGCAGAAUCUCAAGACCGUGAAGCUAGCAAGCUGUAAAUAUUUGGAUGGCUUGCCAACCUCGGGCAACAAACUGGGCAGGGCUUUUCGAGAUCUUGAGUGGGAGGAGAAGAUCCGCAAGCUGUCUCAGGAGCUUGGGAUUGGCGCUCAGUUUGGUGGAAAGUACUUCCUGCAUGAUGUUAGGGUUGUCAGGCUUCCACGUCACGGAGCCUCUUGUCCCGUUGGUGUAGGAGUAUCUUGUUCAGCAGAUAGACAAGCGAAGGCCAAAAUCACAGAGGAAGGCGUUUUCCUUGAAAAGCUGGAGACAGACCCUGCAAAGUAUAUGCCUGACAUUACGGAGCAGUCUUUGGAGAAAGGAGGAGAUAUCGUGAAAGUUGAUCUGAACAAGCCCAUGGAGGAGAACUUAAAGUACUUGAGCCAGUUCCCUGUGGCUACACGUUUGGCUCUGACGGGCACCAUUAUUGUGGCUCGUGAUAUUGCACAUGCGAAGAUGCAGGAUAUGUUGGACUCGGGAAAAGGAUUGCCGGAGUAUAUCAAACAAUAUCCAGUCUACUAUGCUGGACCAGCUAAGACACCUGCUGGAAUGCCCUCUGGAUCUUUUGGACCGACAACCUCUGGUCGCAUGGACCAGUAUGUCGACACAUUCCAAGCUCAGCGAGGUUCGAUGAUCAUGAUCGGGAAGGGCAAUCGGUCAAAGGAUGUGACGAAAGCGUGCCAGAAGCAUGGAGGCUUCUACUUGGGUUCAAUUGGUGGAGUUGCUGCCACUUUGAGUGCUAAAAGCAUCAAGAAGGUGGAAGUGCUGGACAUGGAGGAGUUGGGCAUGGAGGCAGUCUGGAAAAUUGAAGUUGAAGACUUUCCUGCAUUUGUUGUUGUGGACAACAAAGGCAACGACUUCUUCAAGAAAUGGUCCAAGGAGGCGGCCAAGGAGCCUGAGGCCGACUCGUUCUUCGAUGAGGCGAAGAACUUCUUCCACGGCCUGGACAAGGACCAGAACGGCAAGCUCGAUGUAAAUGAAAUCAUGGGUGGCCUGCAAAUCACCAAAGACAAGGCCGAAAAGCUGGUUAAGCAAUUCGAUGUGGACAAAGAUGGGAUGAUUGACGUGAAGGAGUUCGAGUUGAUGCUCCUGAAGAGUGACGCCUUCAAAGAGCAGCUUCAUAGCUGA